UUUGUACUCAACUGAUGAGUGAUGACAUUCAUCAAUUUUCAUAGUUUACUAGUGAAAGUUACAAAAAGUGAUUUCGGUAAAUGUGGAAUAUCGAUUAAGUUAUUAAAUUUAUAGAUCAGAAUUAUGAAAGAAGCGGUAAUACAUAUCUCAACAGCGUUACGGGUAAAACUUAAUUAUAUUUCAAUGUUACCGUUGCAUGUAAUCAUUAACUGAUAAGACUUGUAACAUAACCUACAAACCGAAGUUAUCUACAAAAUGAAACAUACAGUUUUGUGUAGUUAGAUUUUCCAGUACGAAAAAAUUAUAACAAAAAAUGAGACCGUGAAAGCUAAUAGUAACAAUAAUAAUUAUUGAAAACAAUCGAUUAGAUUUAGAACUAAGUUGAUUAUUUAAAUUUCUAACGGCGGUCAGUUACCCAGAAUAAAAUCCGAGACAAAGAUAAGGAGAUUCAAGGAUGCAGGAUGACGCCACAAAAUGUACAAAUUUAGUUGUCCGAAAAAAAAGUUUUCUAUUCUUAUUGGGAUUAUAGUUUUAACGGUAAUUGGUCUAUUGAUACAAAUAGAUACGAUUCGUUAUCCAGAAAAUAACGAAAACACAAAAAUAAUAUAUAAUAUUCAAUCAGAUACAGUUAAACAAUGGCGGAAACUUCGAGAGAAUUUAACGAAUCUUUCUAAUUUGGGGCGAAUCUUAUUUUUGGAAGAGCAAGAACCAGUAAUUAAAUCCACUAAGAAACAUCAAAUAUUGAUUUGGAAAUAUGGUCAUAUUAUAGAAAAGAGAUUAAUGAUGAAUUUCUCAAAUAAAUGGGUAGAUCCUUUCAAGAAAUGCCCCGUAAAAAAUUGUGAUAUUACUUAUAAGGAUACAAAUAUAAAAACAGCGGAUAUAGUAUUAGUUCAUUUGCAUAGAACGAAAAAUCCGAAAGAACUACCUCCGAUGAGAGGAAAGCCUGAUCAAAUUUGGGCUUUUCUAACAGAAGAAAGUCCUCAUCACACCUUUUUACGUCCUGACAAAAAUAUUUCCAUCGCAAGUUUUAACGGAAUUUUCAAUUGGUCCAUGUCUUACAGAAUGGAUUCCGAUAUUCCAGUACCGUACGGUAGAACGAUUAUUAAGAAGCACCCCGAACAAGUGGAUUUUCAUUUAGAAAAACGAAGAGAUGUUCUGGUAGCCAUUUUAGGAUCGAACUGCGGUAGUAAAAACCAUAGGUGGGCCUACGUGAAAGAACUCAAGAAGUAUAUAGAUGUCGACGUAUAUGGUGCAUGUGGGACAUUGAAAUGUCCUGGUCACUUCAGAAAAGACUGUCCCGAUUUAGAAAAGUAUCUGUUCUAUUUAUCUUUCGAAAAUUCGAACUGUGACGAAUACAUUACGGAAAAAGUUUGGUGGAACGCGUUUCACAAAAAAAAUUCCAUCCCUAUAGUAAUGGGUGCAAACCGGGCGGAUUAUAGGAGAAUUCUACCACCAAAUUCUUACAUAGACAUUGACGAAUUUGCGAAUCCAGCAUCUUUAGCGCAAUAUCUACUUAGACUAAACAGAACCGACGAAUUUUUAAAGUAUUACCAAUGGAAAUCGCAUUUCGAAAUAUUAAACGAACACGGGUAUUUUCAAAGUCAAAAUUUUCACUAUUGUCGUGUUUGCCAGGCUUUGAAUUACAACGAGAAAAAACAUAAAGUUUAUGAUAACUUGGAGAAACAGUGGGAUCCCCAAAAUGUGUGUUAUCCUGCUUGGAAUUCGAAAUAAUUAAAAUACAUUUUAGGCCCACAGCAUGGAAGUGAUUUUUAAUUCUCCAAGCUUAAAGAAAUUAUUUAUUUAACAAUAAUGAAGGGGCUACAGGACUUUUUAUAUUGUAUAUUUGAGGUUAUGUAUCCCAAAAAUAACCUUUUUGAUUUCUUCCUUACAGUUUCUGAGUCUACUAAUUCUGAAAUAUAUAAAUAUGUGAUUCAAAUUUGGGAAAAAUGUAUUUAAUUAUAAGAAUGUAAUGUAAUGAAAUAGUUCAAAACAAAAAAUCUUGUUUUUAGCACUGUUAGAUUAAGAUAAAACAGCUCUAAACGUGCUACCGCUCGAUUUAUAUCAAAUAAAGAUAAAAAAUACAAAGAUUCCAUUCCAUUUCAUAUGAUUCCUUUGUUAAAUCACACCAAUUCCUCAGAGAAAGUUCAAAGUUCAAACAGAUUUGACCUUCAUAUGCGAACUGGGGGAAUUCAUAUGCAUAAACAAAUAUGAUGGAUACCAAAAAACUUAUCAGUUUAAUUUUUAUAUGUACCCAAUAUAACUCGCAUAAUGAGAAUAUAAAUUUCCGAAAAUUGCUGAUAACAUACCCAAUAACCUCUAGAAUGUGGUUAAACAUUUCUGGUAACAUUUUAAAGCUCUCGAAAUGAAAUUAGUCAUAAAGAAAAUCAUAAAUUGUAAGUUAAAUUCUCAAUUACAUCCAUUUUUUAGUAUGACACCACGUAAUUCCUAUUUGUUGGAAGAUUGUUAUAAAUUAAGCAUUUCUUUGAAUUCAUUUAUAUGUUCAAACAUCAUUAAAUUCAUAAUUUUGAUUUAUUGACUGACUGAACAAAAAGUAAUAAGCUUAGAACAAGUUGUUAUGUAUAUCUUAUGGUGGUUAUCAAGGACGAUGGUGUCGAGGGAGAAGAUCUAGAAGAAUAACAAAGGGAAGUGAACAAUUGGAAGCAGUGAAUGUGAUAAUAAGUUCCAAAAAAAUCUCCAGAAAGGUGAAGCUACAUCUGUAUAAAACAAUAACCAAUGCCAGAUUUUAGAACAACAAAAAAAAUGAUUGAUAUAGACAAAAGGAAGAUAUAGAGGUGAUGAAAGACCUAAGAGAGAGAUAGAGAGGGAUUCAGGAAAAACAAAAGCAAAAAAUAGGAAGUAGAAGUGAAUCACUUACAAGCUAUAGUCUUAAAAGGCUUACAUGUAGUACCUAAAUAUAUUUUUUUUGCAAAUGUGUUCUUUUUCUAUGUUUUAACUACAAUACUUUAUUGUGUUUUGUAUAACAGAAACCUUGAGAUCCUAUAAAAAAUUCGAUUGUAUGCUAAUUAAUUUCUAAAUCUAGAAUAUAUUUAUCAAUUACA